AUGUCUCCCGUCCCCUCCCCCGAAAUCCGCGCCACAAUCGCCGAAAAGCUCAGCCAGCUCAGCCUCGCCGUCGAGACGAGCCCGGGCUUCAACCGCGACUCGCCGGCGGCCAGCGGCGGGCUCUUCCACGUCUGGGACUUUGUCAAGCGGACUGAGUAUAUGCUUUCUGAGGUGGAGGGCAUUCGGCAGCCGGGAUAUGAGUUUAAGCAUGCGGGGCAGAUUAAGAUAACAAAGCGUGGUGAAGCCGCCGCGCAGGAACUCUUCAACGACACCUUUACGCGCUCCAUGACCAUUGACCAGCUCAUCAAUGGGCCGCCGAUGAUGCGCAACAUGAUGGGCAUGGGGGGCAAUAUUCCACCAGAGGUUGCGGCCGCGAGCAAGGCUGUUUUGGAGGCGUUUCCCGAAAACUAA